AUGGCUCAGCAAGGAAAUCAACUUGACAAAGAACGUUUCAGCUGUUCCAUCUGUCUGGAUCUGCUGCAAGAUCCGGUGACUAUUCCCUGUGGACACAGCUACUGCAUGAAGUGUAUUCAAGGAUUCUGGAAUGAGGAGAAGAAAAUCCACAGCUGUCCUCAGUGUAGGAAGACCUUCAUACCGACGCCUGUCUUGAUGAAAAACACCAUGUUAGCAGAUUUAGUGGAUCAGCUGAAGAAGACUGGACUCCAAGCUGCUCCUGCUGAUCACUGCUAUGCUGGACCUGAAGAUGUAUCCUGUGAUUUCUGCUCUGGAAGAAAACUGAAAGCCAUCAAGUCCUGUUUGUUCUGUCUGGCUUCUUACUGUGAGAAACACCUUCAACCUCAUUUGGAUGAAGCUCCGCUAAUGAAACACAAACUGGUGGAACCCUCCAAGAACCUGCAGGAGAACAUCUGCUCCAUUCAUGAUGAGGUGAUGAAGAUGUUCUGUCGUACGGAUCAGAAGUGUAUCUGUUAUCUCUGCUCUGUGGAUGAACAUAAAGACCACGAUACAGUCUCAGCUGCAGCAGAAAGGACUGAGAGGCAGAGAGAUCUGGAGGAGAGUCAACAACAAAUCCAGCAGAGAAUCCAGGACCGAGAGAAAGAGGUGAAGCUGCUUCAACAGGAGGUGGAGGCCAUCAAUCACUCUGCUGAUCAAACAGUGGAGGACAGUGAGAAGAUCUUCACUCAGAUGAUCAAUCUCAUCCAGAAAAGAAGCUGUGAUGUGACGCAGCAGAUCAGAUCCCAGCAGCUAACUGAAGUGAGUCGAGUCAAAGAUCUUCAGGAGGAGCUGGAGCAGGAGAUCACUGAGCUGAAGAGGAGAGACGCUGAGCUGAAGCAGCUCUCACUCACAGAGGAUCACAGCCAGUUUCUGCUCAACUACCCCUCACUGCCACCACUCAGUGAGUCCACACACUCAUCCAGCAUCAAUGUCCGUCCUCUGAGAUACUUUGAGGAGGUGACAGCAGCUGUGUCAGAGCUCAGAGACAAACUACAGGACAUUCUGAGAGAGGAACGGACAAACAUCUCACCGACAGUCACUCGUUUGAAGAUUUUGCCACCAGAACCAAAACCUAAAAGCAGAGCUUACUUCUUAAAAUAUUCAUAUCAAAUCACACUGGAUCCAAACACAGCACACAGGCGACUGUUGCUGUCAGAGGAGAACAGAAAAGUGACAAUAAUGGAACAACCUCAGUCUGAUUUGUGUAAUACAAAGAGAUUCAUUAGAUGGUUUCAGGUUCUGAGUAGAGAGAGUCUGACUGGACGUUGUUACUGGGAAGUGGAAAGGAGAGGAACCUUUGUUUAUGUAGCAAUGGCAUAUGAGAACAUCAGCAGAUCAGGAGAUGAAGGUGGAUUUGGUUUAAAUGACAAAUCUUGGGCCCUGAGUUGUUCUCCAAACAGUUUCUCAUUUCUCCACAACAACACGCAAACAUCCAUCUCAGCUCCUGGUUCCUCCAGAGUAGGAGUGUACCUGGAUCACAGUGCAGGUGUUCUGUCCUUCUACAGCGUCUCUGAAAGAAUGACUCUCCUCCAAAGGGUUCAGACCACAUUCACUCAGCCGCUCCAUGCUGGACUGUGGAUGUUUAAUGUUGGAGACACAGCAGAGUUCUGUAAACUCAAAUAGUUCCUGAAGUUCAUGAAGAAGUCAAAUAUUUUUUUGUACAAUUUCUCUGCUUUCCAUCUUUUUUUGAACUAAACUUUAUAACUGUUAAUAUACUGUGGAGUCGUGUUUGUAGUCAGAAAUAAAGAGAGAAAAGAGAAAUCUCUAGGAUGUUUUUGAAGAUGAAUCUUAAAUUUUUUUGGAGAAAAAUCUGUUUUCUUGUUGUUUCUUCAAACUUUGGGAUUUGACUGUUUGAAUUUAAAUUUAACACAAAUGUUCUGUUCAUGUUUUUGUGUUGUCAUGUGAACUGAAGGAAGCUGCAACACAAAUGGAAUCAGUGACAUCACAAUCAAAGACUUUCUCUUUGUUUGUUCUACACAGAAACUACAAGAGAAGAAACUGAAUGAGAAGAUUUUGUUUGUAGAAAAAAAGAACAUUUACAACUUUGUUAUCUUUCUUUUUGCUUCAUUUGAGAACUUGGAUUGAGGAUUUUUUUUUCAUGUAUUUGUUCUUCAGAGAAAAGUUGUUUCUGAUCAUUUGACAGUAAAAACGUCCUGAUUCUUUUGUCUUCAUUCCAGAGUUUUUGUGAAAUUUGAUGAAGAACAGUGGGAAUAAUAUGAUGGAAGAACUGAGGCAGUUUUCCUGGAACUCCAGAAAUCAGAGUUUAUGUUUAGAGCAGAAACAUUUCUGUCAGUCAGUGUUCUCUUAUGAAUAAAAGUUACAAUAUUGAAGAGUGCACAUAUAGGCAUAGAGAAGUCAAGGAUGCACGCGUCGUUUGAGAGAUUUUGCUGCAUAUGUCUCAUGUGAGAGGUUGCAUUGCUGGUAUCUGUAUUACAAUUUUGAUUCUGUGACUUUGCUUUGAUGAAAAAAAAUGUUUAUCAUUACAUUAAUUUGAGAUUGUACAUUUACGCUAUGCAUGUACAUGUUAUUUGUAUUGAUUAUAUGCUUU